UGUGUGUGUGUGUGAAGCCGCAGUCACCGUCAUCCUCCUCAUCAUCACCGUGUGUCUUUUAUGUGGAUGAUUAUCGUUUAUUUACGGUAAAAACCGAACAACGAGCGGACAACGAGCGCGAGCUCCGCCGUACAGAGUGUUGGACAGUGAUGGACGAGAGCCGUCAGUGAAACGGUCCAACGAUGGAGGGUAGCGGCGACGUGUCUGGAGCGGCGGCGCGUCAACACUCAGACGGCGGUAAAGUGGAGGCCGGGGCGGAGUCCUGCGACAAAGGAAACUUCUCCGGCGCGGCCGAACCUCCUGGUCCAACACCCGCGACUCCCACCACUGAGUCUCCAGCAGGGGGCGUGUCGCUGAAAGUGGCCACGACCGUCCUGCACCCGGUGUGUCUGGGCGAGAGCCCGCUGGUUCUGCCCUUCCACCUGCAGAUGGCCGGAGCUGCCACGCCUCAGCUCGGCCAGAUGGGGGCAGCGCCGUACUUGAUCACAAGCCAAAAUCCCGUAUCUCUUCCUCUGGUCUUGGACCAGCAGGUCGUCCUUCCUCCUGGCGCCAACUGUCCGCCGCUGCCGCUCCAGAGCAGCGUCCUGUGCCAGAAUCCGCUGGCGUUUGGUUUACCUCCCGCCGUGGACCAGAAGUCUGUGGGACAAACGCAGGACGCUAACCUGCUCUCCCUCCUCCAGAAUCCAGCUUUCGCCGCCAUCUUGCAGGACCUCUUUCCUUCCCAGGCCACGCCCACUACCUGUCAGUCAUCAGGCUCCACCUUCUUCCCUCUCCCUCCACUCACACCUCCCUACACCUCCCCUCUGGCCCCAUUAGUCCCGCCAGCUACGCUACUCGUCCCCUACCCGGUCAUCAUUCCCCUGCCGGUGCCUCUUCCGGUCCCCCUCCCCGUCCCCGUCCCUCAGACCGAGGACUCAAAGGGAAACGUUCCAAAAUCAGUUUGCACUGUGAGUAAAAGCACUCAGACUUCGCCUAAAGACACUACCUCUCCUUCGCUGUCUUCAAGCAGAUGUAUGCCGCUGUUCCAGCCACAGGAUGUGUCCCCGUCCUCACUUCCUGUCGAUGACGGACAAGUUUUAGAUCUCUCUGUGAGGUCGCAUCCGGUUGAACCGAAGCAGGAGUUUCCCAGCCUGCAGGUCCAGCAGGACAGCGUGCUGGACCUGUCAGUGCCCGGCAUCCGGAGGAAGUGUGCUCAGUCCUGCGGCUCCGCCCCCUCACCGCGACGAGAAUUCACGUUCCAGUCCAGUCAGGACGCGAGCGGCGCUUCCUUGUCCGUCGAUUGCUCUCAGAGUUUAGAUUCCAAACUUCUCAGCAGUCUGGCGUCGCUGGAGUUCAGCCGGCAGCACAAGUGGGUGGUGGACAGUGGCGGGGGCGGAGCCUCGGGUUCUCUGGGCCAGGAGGCGUCGCUCGGCGGCGCCGGGAACCUGGAGAUCGUCAGUACCUCGCAGACGGCCAAGGUCAUCGUCUCCGUGAAGGACGCCAUCCCCGCCAUCCUGUGCGGGAAGAUCAAAGGUCUGUCGGGCGUCUCCACCAAGAACUUCUCCAUUAAACGUGACGGCAGCCAGGGGGCGUCGCUGCAGCAGCUGUACGGCGUGACCGCGGCGGUGGCGGCGGGAGACGCGCCGUGCGAGCCCGGCGACAAAAAGAUCCCAAAAAACAGAGCCAUCAAAGUGAAGAAGGUGAGCUCGCAGGAGAUCCACUUCCUGCCCAUCAAGAAGCAGAGACUGGCGGCACUGCUGCCCAGGAAGUGACAUCACACAGUGACAUCACACGCCACACAGAGGGGGAUUAAAGGGACAGUUGAGCCUUUCUGAAUGUGGUCGUAUGAGACGCUCACACAUUAUCUGUGUUCAGGCGGAAAGAUCACUUUAAUCUUUUUAAAUAUUGAUGUUGUUACAAAUAAGGAAUAACUUUGUUAGUACAUUUAUGACGGCAGUGGAUCAACAGCUCCUGUGUGUGAUGUAAAAUCACUGAUUUUCUCUUGGUGUGGGAGAGUGAGUGGUUUACAAACUUCACUUUCCUGUUUUGAGACGUGAACGUGCCGUUAUGACGUCGCAGAUUUAAACUGAUGUAGAUUUUGUUAAGAUCAGUUUUGACUCUGUGUCACGACCUCACACAACCACACUUUAGAAAGCGUGUACUAUCCCUUUAUUCGUGGCCCACUCAGUAACAUAAAACACAUGUGGGGACUUAAUUCCACUCAAACUCAAACCUGUUGUUUUUUAUUUGGCAGCUAAAGGAAGACGUUUCUCUUCUUUAAACACAAAUGUGACCGUGACUCCAUCAUUAACACCAUUUUCUUUUCUUUUUUUCUUUUGUGCACAAACAAAGACAGAAGUGAUUUUAACGGUUGAAAACACGGGGAGGAUUCCAUGCUCUCUGAUUGGCUGUUUCUUUUUUGACAGAUUAUUAAGGAAAAAUCCACUUUGUUGUAAUGUUGGGAGGAAAAAAAUUCAGUCCAAAUAUGAGGUUUUCUGGAUUGUGUCGCAGCGCGUGUUUGAACCCCCAUAAUCCCCCAUAAUCCCUUGCUGUUUCCAGUCGUGAAGUCGAGAUAAAGAAAAAAAUGUCCUUGUAAGGAUGGAUAUCGUCAGCUGAUGAAACGCCUGAACGUAGAGCUGUCACCUCACCACCAGAGGGCGGGCUCCACUGUAGGCUGAAGGCUCUGUUUUUAAAAACAAACCCGAAUCUCGUAAAAACAGAGCCUUUUUAAAAAAGAUUUUCGGUGAAUGCUCUUCCGUAGAAAAAAAUAAUGGCUUAAUUGAGAGAUUUUUUUUCCGUACAUUUGUUGCAGUUAACGUUAGCUUGUUAUUAGAAACAGUUGUGGUUAGGCUCCGCCCCACAAGGUCAAACAUGUCAGUGUGAAACAUUAGUUCCUGUUUGGUGACAUUUUUGAUCGCAGUUUUGAAUGUGGCGAGUUUCGUCAGGUGUUCGUUAAUUUAUUUCUUGUUUUUCCGACUAAGUGCACUUUGUCGUAGUUUAGUUAAAAAAAAAAGAAGUCCAGGCUGUUUAUGCCAGGACUGACGCCCCCUUGUGUUCAGGGCAUUGAGGGCGGAGCCACAGGGUUCGGGAACUGCUUGGAGAGGAAGCCCCUCCCCCAAGGACGGCUGACUUUUGUGUGUCAUGAAUUUGUUGUUUUUUUGCUGCGGCGUAGAAAGUUGAGCAACAGUUACAACUGAAUUAGCAGUUAACCACCACCUAACUUUGAAAAAUCAACUUAUAAGAAAUAUCGCGGUUUAUUUUAUGUACGUUUAUUGCGAUGUGAAAGCGAGGAGACGUUUAUCCCAAAGUUCUCUCAAAGCUUGUCGACAUGAAUUUUUCAAACGUUUUUCCUGCCAGCAUGGCGGAGUAAACAAAUACAACUCACAGUAUGACACAUGAGUGGACACUGGAGUGAUUGACAGCUUGUAUUGUCCAAUAGGAUCCUGGCUACAGGUUAAAGGUAAAAAAACUGACAUUAGUGAUCAAAAUGUGAAUCUGGAAACAGAAGACUUUGUCCACUUUCAGACAGUCUGUGGUGGUUUCAGUAUUCAAAGUGAAUGAGCAGCAUUUUAUUUAAAGGAAUCCCUCGUUACGCCCCCUGCAGGCCGACCUGCACCUGAUAACAGACAUUUAUUGUUCUUCACUCACGUUUCUUUAAUCCCACUGUGAGGGAUUUCACCCUAAUUUAUUAUUACAGGUAUUAUUCCUUUAUUAUUUAUGGAGUGUGUGUGUGUGUGUGUGUGUGUGUUUUAUAAUGAUGUGAAGUUAAAAACUCAAAGGUUGAAGUUCCCAUGUUUGUCUUUUCUAUUCAGAAAGUUUUUUUAUUGUAAAAAAGAAAACAGAAACUAAACGUUGAGUGGUUUGUUUGA